UGGUAGUCCUGGGGCUCGCGCGGUUGCGGGAGCGCUCCCGGCCUUCUUGGGGCCGGUGGCGCGGGUCAGCCCGGCUGCGUUGGGGCGGCCUGCCUGGGGCGGAGACCUCCCGGGGGCCUCUUCCCAGCCGCGGUGGAGCCAGCGCCUGUCUCGGCUUGGGUGCGGAGCGCGGAGCCGCGCGGGGCCGCGCGCGGGCGCCGGGAGACGCGGCGCGGCCCGGGGGUCAGGGGCCGGUCCCCGCGGCCCGGGCGGCGGCGCGUUGCGGGCGUCGCAGGUCGGCGGGAGACGCGCGUGGAGGGAGCGCCCUGCCAGGUCGGUCCGACUCCCUAAGUUCUCAGCCUCCCUUGCUCUGUAAAAUGGGGUAGCAGUACUUUUUAGGGUCUUCGUGAGAUUUAGAAACAAUACAUGCAAAGCAUCCCCGAUUCUGGUGUGGAGGAGCUGUGCAUCACGGAGUGUCCAUGGUUCCUCCUCCAGCAGCUUCCCCCACCUGGCUGAGGCGCCCCAGCCCCAGAUGACACCCCACAGUCAGCUAGCCGAGCUCUCACGCCAGGUGCUGCUCCCCGAAGAGCCCUCGGCAAAGCCAGGUGGCCAGUGCUGGCAGCUGUGGCCGGGCCCCCCUCUGACACUGGGCUGGCUGCUCCAGGAGCCCUCCUCCCCUGUCCUCCCAGCUGCGGUUUGUGUGUGAGAAGGAGGGCUGUUUCCCGCAUCCUGUGGGUGCUCUCAGAGGUGACCCCUGUGGGAUGUGUGCUUGGGAGGGGCCGCCGAGCAGCAGUCUGGUGUGCAUCUGUGCGAGAGGGAGUGUUUUAACCCCAUUCCGUGGGUGUGGUAAGGUCUGGCCAGAUGCGGGGGUGGGGGCUGGAGGAGGAGGAAGGUUUGCAGGCUGUGUUAUAUGGAGGACCCAUGCAGCACUCCAGGCAGCGGCCGCCGCUCAGGGAAAGCACCUGGGUGGGUCAUUAGGCAGAGAGACAAGGCAAAUAUGGGCAAGCGCCUUUAGUGUGAUUUCUUCGGGAAGGGAAGGGCUAGGUGGGGCAGGCUGACUUAGGAUUGGCUGCCUGUGUUGGACAGUGGCAGCUGGGGAAAUUCAUGUUCACUGUGGGUUUUACAGUGUGUACGGUUUAAAGCUUCCCUAAGGCCUCCAGGUAUCUAGGGGUGAGUCGCAGUUUGUGGAGUCACAGCUAGUAGACCUUAGGUGACCUUACAGCAAUUAGAACAUCAUUCAUACAAGGAGACGGAGAUGGGCGAAUUGUCUUAGAGCUUCAUUGGCUUGGUAAGUAUGCAUUUUAUUUGGUCUGCGUGGUUUAUGUGCUGUUGGUUCGUUGGGACCGGGUGGACAUUAUGGGUGGUUGGAACUUCCUCUCUCCAAGCCAUCCCUUGACACCAGAGUUCCUCAUGGCACCUUUUCCUCUCCAGACUUACCUUGUCAGCAGUCUGCACUCCCUUGCUAGGAAAACCGAGAAGGAAAGAAUGGCCGUGGAUUUGCUGCCCACUAAGGUGACAGAGUCUGUGACAUUCAGGGACGUGGCCGUGUUCUUCAGCCAGGAUGAGUGGCUGCGCCUGGACUCCGCGCAGAGGACCCUGUACCGGGAGGUGAUGCUGGAGAACUACAGCACCCUCGUCUCGCUGGGGAUUCCGUUCUCAAGGCCAAAAGUGAUCUGCCAGUUGCAGGAAGGAGAAGAUCCUUGCCUGGUGGAUGGAGAACUCCCUCGGGACGCCUGUCUAGGUCUCAAGACUCGGCUCGAAAUGGAAGCCUUGCCUCCCAGGCAGGGCAUUUCUGGAGAAGAAACAUCUCAGGGAAUAAUAAAGAAAAGAUCCAUUAAGUGUGGUCGCUGGGACACCAAUUUUGGAGAAACUUUGGGAUUUGAGAGCAGGACAGAACAGGAGCAACAAAAGAAACCUCUUAGGCAAAUGGUGGCCUCCCACAGAAAAACCAUGAGUGGAGAUGUAAAGGAGACAAGUCUUGAAUUGGGGAAAGGCUUACUUAUAAAUACAAUUCUUGUUACACAGCAGAGUGUUCCUAUAGAAAGGAUACCCAAUAUAUAUUACACCUUUGGGAAAGAUUUUAAACAGAAUUUUGACCUAAUCAGAUGCUUCCAGAUUUACCCAGGAGAAAAACCUCAUAUUUGUCACAAAUGUGGGAAAAGCUUUGCCCAGAGUCUCCAUCUGAUUGAACACCAGAGGAUUCAUACUGGCGAGAAACCCUACAGAUGUGAUGAAUGUGGGAAAACCUUUAGCCACAGAUCAUCCCUUCUUGCCCAUCAGAGAAUCCAUACAGGAGAGAAACCUUACAAAUGUAAUGAAUGUGAGAAAGCGUUCAGCAGCAGUUCGACCCUGAUCAAGCAUCUGAGGGUGCACACCGGAGAGAAACCCUAUCGCUGCAAGGAAUGUGGGAAAGCCUUCAGCCAGUGUUCAACCCUCACCGUACAUCAGAGAAUUCAUACCGGUGAGAAACUCUAUAAAUGUGCUGAAUGCGAGAAGGCCUUCAAUUGUAGAGCAAAACUUCAUAGACACCAAAGAAUCCACACAGGGGAGAAACCCUAUAAAUGCAGUGAGUGUGGGAAAGGUUACAGCCAGUUUGGAUCCCUGGCUGAGCACCAGAGGUUUCAUACUGGGGAGCAGCUGUGUAAGUGCUUGGAAUGUGGGAGGACCUUCACACGCAUCUCAACCCUUCUCGAACACCAGCGAAUUCAUACCGGCCAGAAACCCUAUCAAUGUAAUGAGUGUGGGAAAACCUUCAACCAGUGUUCCUCCUUCAACGAACAUCGUAAAAUUCACACCGGGGAAAAGCUCUAUACCUGUGGAGAAUGUGGGAAAGCCUUUGGCUGCAAAUCCAACCUGUUCAGGCACCAAAGAAUUCACACCGGAGAGAAGCCCUACCAAUGUAAUGAGUGUGGGAAGGCCUUCAGCCAGUAUUCUUUCCUCACCGAACACGAGAGAAUCCACACCGGCGAGAAACUCUACAAGUGUAUGGAGUGUGGGAAGGCCUACAGUUACAGAUCAAACCUGUGCAGACACAAAAAAGUUCACACGAAGGAAAAACUCUGUAAAUGGAAGGAAUAUGGGAAGCCUUUUAUCUACAGCUCCUCCCUUACUCAGUAUCAGAGAUUUCUUAGAGCAGAUAAGCCCGGUGAAGUUUAAUUCUUCUCUCAAAUAAUUCAAGACUCCUCAUUAGAGAAUAAUAAAUAGGGCACAGACUCUGGAUUAGAUUAAGUGGUUUUUUUUUUUUUUUGCUUCUGGAGAAAAUACGAUAGUUCCCACUAAGUCAUGGUGAAAUUGAUCAGUGGGAUUAUGAAGAGUACCAAUUUGUCAAAUUUUCUAAGAACCAUUAAAUGCUAAUAAGGUUUCUAAGAACAUAGAAAAAAUUUUUAAUUUGUAGAAAAAAUAUAAAAGGCCUAACUUAAAAAAAAAAUGAAAAUAAUGGUGUAUACAUUUUGUUUCAUUAGAGUUUACUCCCUUUCUAAGAGCACGCUUUGAUAUGAAUUCUCCUUUAAAUUAGUCAUUGAGUUAAUGUGAAUAAGCAUGAGGCCGUAUUUGCUAAAAUGGCAAGCAAGCAUAGGACACGCUCUUUUCCGUAAAGAGAAACUCAAGGUAAAAAGGAAUUCUUUAAAUUCAAAUUUUCACGUGGAAAUAAUGAAGCUCACUUUUCAUGAACUGCCUCAGCGGCAGGUUGUAUAUAUAAAUAUACGUAUGUGGACAUAGGACAUACAGACAUACACACGUAGCUUUAGAAUAUAUGUAUAUUUUUUCCAAAAGUCUCUGGUGAUUAAAAAAUUAAUUUACAAUUUCGUUUUGGAAAUGAAAAUUUUGCCCAGAUGGAAUCUCUUUUCCUUUUCCUUAUAUUAUUUCUUAAUUUGAUAUGAUUUGACACUACUGAAUAGAGUCUUAGGAUAGUAUUAUAGAAGGUGCAGUGAACUAAAACAAGGGAGACUGUCAACGCAAAUACUCUCUUACCUGUUGCAGAAGGUAUGUAUUUGCAGAAUCUGACUAUAUACCUGGUAGCUUAUUAGAGCCAGGAGGAAUUUUCAUUUAGUUUAUUUAUAGCCUUUCAUUUUACUAACAAAAUUGAGCUUCUUGGGCAGAGUCAAGGCUAGAAUCUAAGUUUUCAGCUCUGGUUUUCUAGGGUAAUUAUAGAUAUGAAUUAUAAUCAUUGGCUUCCAACCUCAAGUGCUAAGAGUACUAGGCACUGUUUAUUUUGUAAACUGGUUAUAGGCGCAAUUGCGGUAAUUUAAUCAGUUUUAUUUCUGUGUUUACCAGGUUCCCCCUAACUGCAAUCUUACAGUCUCGUUCUUUCUUUUUCUUCUGUGUCCCUAAUUAUACCUGCUUUUAUAAUAACUGUACAUAAAUUCUCAGACUCAGUUUAGGUCCAGAUGGUGAAAUUGCUUUUGGGGUUUUCACAUACAAGAUUGCCUUUUUGUUUUUGUUAUUCAUCUUUUAGGAAUUCUUUUGUGUAAAGUGAUAUGUGAAUAUUUUAUUAAUAAACAUUCUAGUCAUCAGUUAAAAUUGGCUUUCCAAACAUUUUCCAUAUUUUUAACAUACAUUGCAUUUUCCCCUGGGCCUACGUCCCACAAUUUUAUAUCUCACUUUCACAAUUGGUAUGAUUUAAAAAAGUAUUCUAAUAAAAGUAGCUAGAACCUUCUGUCUGAGAAAGGUUUUAGAAUUAAAUGCAGGCAUUCAGCAUAGCAUGUUUCUUGACUUGCCUUAGCUCAUUUGAAAACAUCUUUUUAUAUAUGUAAGUAUAUUUACAAGGAAAUGAGCUUUUAAAAAGACUUCAGUGUUUAAUACUGGACAGAGCCAUUAGCAAGAUAUUCUAGAGAAAAACAUAUUUGGUUAUCCAAUAGCAAUGAGCAUGCUUAGUACCCAGAUCUUGGUUUCCAAAUGCUAUUCCCCACUAAAAGGAGCCUGGGCUCAUUGGAGAAAUGCUGAUUCCAUUUCUGGAGCAGGGAAAGUAGAAGAUGUGUCUGAGGUAUCUUUUUAUGAAACAAAACAAAGAUAGCACUUCAAGACUAAGCACUCAACGGAUAAUGUCAGAAGGACACAGGAGCCAUCUUAAAAGUGCUCUCACUGGUCAAAUUUAAGAUAAUUUAAACAUCAAAAAUAACAGUCAAUGAAAUUGGUUAUAACAUGCUAAGUAAAAAUGAGCCCAUAAUGAAAAAAUGGUGGGAAAAAAAAGGAAAGCUCUCUAUAAACUAAUCUGAAGAAUGCCAUCUUUUAACUGUAUAUGGAAUGACAGAUUUAGAAAAAUCACUAUUUUAUAACAAUGUGAUUAAACUAGGCAAAUUGAAUGGAUGAUAAACCCAUUAGGUGAAAAAAAUUUUAAGGAAUAUUAUAUGGUGUCAAAGUUCACAAAUACCAAUUGCAAAGAAAUGAUACACCUUUCUAACGGAGAGAUCUGGCUGUCAAACUGAAUUUCACUACUGGUGGGAGAGCCUGACGUUGUGUGGCUCCUGAUGAGAUGCAGGAUGAGACACAUGUGACCAUCCAGGACGUAUUCUUGCCAAGAGUGUUUAAUGAAAAUCUAAUUAAACCUCUCAUCCAGGUUUAUGCUCCUAUUUAUAAGAAAGACAAGAGAGCAACAAGUCGAAUUCCAUGGUGAGGAAAUAGACAAACCUAGAGUUUGAGACUUUGUACAAGACAACUGGUCUGGAUUUUUCAAGAAGCCAACAUCGUAGAACAAAAAGGAGACUUCUAGAUUAAGGCACCCAAGAGUCAUAAGCAAGUUGUGAUCCUUAGUUGGCUUCUGAUUCAGAAAAAUUAGAGCAACUAUAAAAGACAUUUGGGAGGGGGUACUUGGGGAAGUAUGAGGAUGGAAUGGGUUUUAGAUAAUGUCAUAUGUUUAGUUUUCCUAGAAGUGAUGGUGGUAUUGAGGUAUUUAGAAUGAUGUCCUUAUUCUUAGAAGAUGCAUGUAAAAGUUUUCAAGUUUAAAAAGUCAUGGUGUCUGCAGAACAUUUUCAGGUAGGUAUGUAAAAAAUUAGUCAACUGUUGUGAAAAAUUAGUCAACUUUGUGGAGGAUAUAGAGAUGUUCAUUGGUCAUCUUUACAUUUUUCUGUAUGUUUAUAAUUUUAAUAAAAAUUUGAGGCAAAAAGUGAUUGCAUAAUGUGAUGAAGCUUCCAGUCAGAAUUUUUCCUUUAGGGGCACCUGGGUGGCUCAGUCGUUAAGUGUCUGCCUUCGGCUCAGGUCAUGAUUCCAGGGUCCUGGGAUCGAGCUCCGUGUCAGGCUCCCUGCUCCGCGGGAAGCCUGCUUCUCCCUCUCCCACUCCCCCUGCUUGUGUUCCUUCUCUCACUGUGUCUCUCUCUGUCAAAUAAAUAAAUAAAAUCUUUUAAAAAUAAAUAAAAAUUUAAAAAAGAA